CCGCGACCCCUCCACUACCCAUCCAUGCCGGACCGCGGUCGGGGCGGGGAGCCGGCAACCUCGAGCAGCCACACACACACACACGACACACGCUUUGUCACGAGGCCUUCUUUUAUCUCAUCCUUUGUCGUCUUUUGUCUUCGUCCCGACUCCUAUCUUUUGUAUCGUACAUAUCCAACCGUCGCUCCCAGAUAUCGCCGAAUCUCAUUCUUCGUUUCGUAUCCAAUACAUACUCUGUAUAUACACAUAGCUACCCACCUAGGUAUAUAUACAUAUACAGCACUCAAACACCAAAUUCCUACACCAAGAUGGGCUCUCAGCCACCCCGCAUCCGCCUGGCCAUCCUCGAGGCCGACACGCCGCAGCCGCAGACGGAGAUCCAGUACGGCGGCUACGGCGGCGUCUUCACGGCGCUCCUCCGCACCGCCGCUCUGGCCGACGACCCGCCCGCGCCGCUCGACAGCAUCGUCGACCUCUCCGUCUACCACGUCGUCGGCGACGACGCCGCCUACCCGGACCUGGACUCCGUCGAUGCCAUCCUCAUCUCCGGCAGCAAGCACAACGCCUUCGACAACGACCCCUGGAUCCUCAAGCUGGUCGACUUCACCAAGAGCUGCAUCGACAGCGGCCGCGUGAGGGUCAUUGGCGUGUGCUUCGGCCACCAGAUCACCGCCCGCGCGCUGGGCGUCGAGGUCAAGAGGAGCGACCUGGGCUGGGAGGUCGCCGUGGUCGACGUCAAUCUCACGCCCAAAGGAAAGGAGAUCUUUAAGCUGGACAAGAUGAGAAUUCACCAAAUGCACCGGGACAUCGUCACGGCCAACCCUCCCGGCGCCGAGUCUCUCGCCUACACGGAUCUGUGCCCCGUGCAGGGCUUCUACUCGCCAAAGAGGUUCAUCACCGUCCAGGGUCACCCUGAGUUCACCGGCCCCAUCGUCAGCGAGAUCCUUAACGUCCGCCACAAGGCGGGCGUCUUCGACGACGAGACCUUCGUCGAGGCCCUCAACCGCGCAAGCAUCGAGCACGACGGCGUCAACAUCGCCAGCGGCUUCCUGCGUUUCCUCAGAGAAUGACAUGUUUCUCCCUCUAUUGGGUGUUUAGCUAAAUAGACUAGCGACUGAUUUAGAUACCAAC